AUGGCAAUUAAUCGUUUGGAAAAAAUAUUUGUCGCAAACGACGCUGCUUCAAUUCUCAACAAAUUAGAGGUCCAAUACCCGGCUGCCCGUAUUAUUCAUCUGGCUGCUUAUGUGCAAGAAAAACAAAUGGGCUUUUAUUCAAACACGGUUGUGAUUUUUGCUGCUUCUUUGUUGGAACAGGCUUCGCAGUUGCUUUCUAUGGGACUUAAACCGCUUGAAAUUGCUUCUGGCUAUGAACAAGCGUUGGCUAAAGCUGAAGAAAUUCUACCAAAAUUGGUUAUUGGGAAAGCCGAGGAUUUGUACAACGUGGAUCUCGUCAAAACUUACCUACUCCCGUCAAUUACUUCGAAACAGUCUGGAAACCAUGAUUUUGUUGCUGGAUUGGCUGCUGAUGCUUGCGUUAAAAUUGCUCCAAAGCCUGUGCACAAUUUCAACGUGGUCAACAUUGGAAUCUGCAAAAUUCUUGGUGGUGAUGUUUCUUCUAGUUUUAUUGAAGAUGGAUUGAUCUUCAAAGGAGGAGCUGAGGGAAAGGUUAAGCAGGCUACAAAUGCUAAAGUCGCAAUCUUUGCUUGUCCUUUUGAUUUAACACAAACUGAAACGGAGGGCACUAUAUUGAUGAAUACAGAAGAGACUAGUGUUGAACAAAACGUGAAGGACAUGGCGGAAGCUGGUGUUUCUGUGGUCGUUGCUGCUGGAAAAUUUGGGGACCUUUACAUUCAUUUUUUGAAUAAAUACAAAAUUAUGGGUGUUAGAUUGACGUCAGAAUUCGAUUUACGCCGCCUUUGCUCCACUUUGGGCGCGCAAGCUCAAGCUGUUAUUUGUGCUCCACCAGAGGAUUCCUUGGGGAAAUGUAACAAUGUUUCCGUAAAGGAAAUUGGAGAUACUCAGACUGUCAUUUUUGAUAAACAAUCAGCUUCCAAAGUGGCAACCGUCAUUGUUAAAGGCUCUUCUCAAUCUAUUUUGGAUGAUGUUGAACUUUCAAUUGAUGAUGGAGUGAAUGCUUUUAAGGCUUUAACUAAAGACAAAUGGUUAUUGGCCGGUGCUGGUGCAACAGAAAUUGAAUUGUCCCGUCGUAUUCAACUUUUUGGAGCAACUCAAUUUGAACCUAAACAACACUCUAUUAAAAAAUUUGCUACAGCGUUGGAUGUUUUACCUAAACAAUUGGCUAAAAGUUGUGGAAUGAAAACUACAGAGGCUUUGGCUAAUUUGUAUGCUGCUCAUCAAAAUGGAUCAACUUAUGAAGGAAUUGAUGUUUUAAAUUCAAAAUUGGUUGAUGCGAAAGAAGCUGGAAUUUAUGAGUUAUUUAAUGGAAAAUUGUUGGCAUUAAAAUUGGCGACAAAUGCUGCUUGUAGUAUUUUGAAGAUUGAUCAGGUUUUUUGA